GGCCACCUUAAAUGUGGGAGGAGGUGGAGAGAUUUGAGUCAUUAAGGUCACUCUACUUGUCACCCUUUAAUGCCUGGCCUGCCCUCUCCUUAAUGGGGUUGGAUGAAGGCCAUUUAAGAACCCUUAUUUAGUGUCCACGCCCUCCCCUGCAUGACCCCAUCAAUCGAUCCAAAGCCUCGUGUACAAGAGAGACGACUCACUCACCGAAUUUUCCUCCUCCUCCUAUAAACUUCACAGGCUCGCACCCUAGAGUUCCACAGAUAUCAUCAGCCAAGAUGACCACUGAAUACCUUAGAGUGGAGAAGCUCCAUCAUGGGGUGAGUGCCAAGAGGAUGGAGAUGCAACCGGAGCUGUCGCUUGGCCCGACGUGGCCAGCGCUGGGCUUCGCCUCGGCGAAGAGCACCAAGAGCUCGUCGUCCGAGUCGGACGGGACCUCCCGGAAGAAGAGGAAGCACUACACCUGGGAGGAGCCUGUGUCACACCCGAACCUGGAGCUCCAUCUCAAUGACCCCCUGCCCCUGGACUGGGAGCAGUGCCUGGACCUCCAAUCUGGAAGGAUGUAUUACCUGAACAGGAAGACGUUGAAGAGGAGCUGGAUCAGGCCCAAGGAGCAGGGCGUAAACCUGGAGCUCAACAUGUCGACCACACCGAUGAACGUCGGCGUCGUGGACGGCAACAACGGUGCCGCUUUCCCCACUCUCCCACAAGUGACAGAGAGGGCGGAUGCCGUGAGCAGCUCCGGAGGCAACAUGAUCGCCGUGCCGUGCGCCAACUGCCACCUCCUAGUCAUGCUCUGCAAGUCCUCCCCUUCCUGCCCCAACUGCAAGUACGUGCAGCCGUUGGCACCGGCAAUGCCACAGGCAGCUCAUCGGAGGCUCAAUGCUGCAGUGAAGCCGCUGGAGACUCUGAGCCUUCUCCACUAGGAAGGUCGCAAGCCGGCCGACCUGCUUGGCCGGACAGAUGGUUGUAGAAAGUAUACCCUGGUACCUAGUCCAUGAGUUAGUAUUUGGGUGUGAGGGAUCGACUAUGUUAAUCAAGGGCCUUACAUAGAAUUAAUGGUGAGGUGAGGUUGGCAGGUGAAACUAUAUAUGUGUUAAGUCGUAAUUAAUUAAUAGUAAUGGCGAUAGAUGUGCUAGCAAGAGAUUGGUACUGGACUACUGGUACAUGAGAGUACGCUUACUGUUGUCAUGGUCUUGAAUGAAACUGAGGCAAUAGGGCAGUGAAGGUGCCGUCCUUGCUCU